CUCGCUGAGAUCACUUCCGGUAUCUGCACAUCGCGCCAAGAUGGUGGCUUACCAGUACUCGUGGUUUUGGAACGAGCGCUUCUGGCUCCCUCCUAACGUUACCUGGGCCGAUCUCCGCAACACGGACGAGGUCCAGUACCCGCAGACCACGCAGCUGUACGUCUCCGUGGGUUAUGCAGUCGUCCUGCUGAUCAUUCGGCUGAUUUUCGAGCGGUUCAUAGCUGGGCCUAUCGGACAGAGCCUGGGGAUCCCAGGAGAGCGGAAGUACGCUGAACCCAACGCCAUCCUGGAGAAGGUCUUCACGUCCAUCACGAAGAACCCUGACGAGAAACGUCUGCAGGGAUUGGCCAAGCAGCUGGACUGGAGUGAGCGACAGGUGCAGCGAUGGUUCCGGCGCCGCCGUAACCAGGACCGCCCCACCUUACUGCAGAAGUUCAAGGAGGGCAGCUGGCGAUUCACGUUCUACACCCUGUCAUUUUCGUAUGCUGCCACCAUUCUCAAGGAUAAACCAUGGCUGAAGGACAUAAAGCACUGCUGGUAUGACUUCCCUGAUCAUCCCCUAACUGAUGACAUCACCUACCUGUACAUCGUAGAGCUGGGCUUCUAUUGGUCGCUCAUCUUCUCUCUCUUCAGGGAUGUCAAACGGAAGGAUUUUUGGCAGAUGGUGGUGCACCAUGUAGCGACUAUCAUGCUGGUGUCGUUUUCAUGGGUGGCGAACUUCGUCCGCAUCGGGAGUCUCAUCCUAGUCACACACGACAUGGCCGACAUUUUCCUCGAGGCCGCGAAGCUGCUAAACUACGCCAAGUGUCAGGCCCUUUGCGAUGCCUGCUUCGUGGUGUUUGCCAUCGUCUUCUUUGUCAGCCGCCUUUUCAUCUACCCAUACUGGCUGGUGUACUCCGCUGCUACGGACAGUAUCGCGGACAAGGGCGUGUUCCCGGCGUAUUACGUGUUUAACGGCCUGCUCCUCCUGCUGCAGUGUCUGCACAUCUUCUGGGGCAUCACCAUCGCCAAGAUGGCCUACAAGUUUGUCAUCAGUGGAACUGCUGAAAAAGAUGACAGAAGUGAUGUGGAGGAGAACAGUGAUGUGGACGAAAAUGGCAAAAUCAACGGCCUCUACCAGAACGGCCCAACCUCGAACUCGACCAAUCACAUUCACUAAGCAGUGACUAGUGGCCAAUCACUGCUGGUUUUACAUUAUCGCUAUGGAACUGUCGACCAACCAAAAGAGCUGUACUUUAUUUUAAAAGGCUUUGGCGACAUGUACAAUUUCUAGGGGCUGCAGAGUCUUUGUGUACAUUGUAGAAAUCAUGUAUCGCCUGGUGACUUUAUUUAUCAGUUUAACAGAGGCAGUUGCUACAUUCGCCUCUCAGAGUCAUAUUUUUGUAGGCAUCAAAAGGGUGAUGCCAUUUUUGUCACAGGCAAGCAGUCAGUCAAGGUAUUUUGUUUCAGAAAGUCAACUACAUGUAUGAGAAUGUUGUGUAUGUACUAAUUCUUCCAGUGUGCUUCGUACAAUUGACUAAAUAGCCCGAGUGCUGUACUGCAGGAUAUCAACUGUUUGUAGAGACUACAAACACUAUUAUUGCUUGCGACAUGUAUUAAUAUUCCAUAAUAUCAUUGAACAGUAGUGUAGGAACAUUGUACUUAUGUAUCCCAGGUGUCAGUUUAAGAUAUGUGUAACAACAACGUAAUAUUACCCAGGGUAGCCCAGUGGUUAAGUGUUUGAAUUUCAUGUCUUGUACUAUGUGUGUGAUUGAGUGAGUUACUAUGUACAUGUAGAUGCAGGUAUGUUAUGCAUAUGGGUCUUUUCUAGAUCUGGAGAUAUUAUAUCAGUGGCAAUGCAGUGGAUUGAUCAGCAAUAGCUAAGGCCACACCAAUUUAAUCCGUUGGUUCUUGGAUUCGCCCGCUUAAUUUUUUCUGAAUUACCAGAAUAAAGAAUUCAGGUUCUGAAUGAACCCCAAAUGCUCAUAUUUUGUCCACAACAGCUGAGGAUAGUCCUUGUCUUUGUACUUGUUACUCUAACAAUGCAGUACUUUGAUUAAAAGUUCAUAAUUCAUUGUUUAAUUUAUGACAGCAUGGACUAUGCCUGGUAUGUUGACUUCAUCGCUACUAUUGUAGCAUUUGGGCUAUCAUACUCAUAGGUUGCGUAGGCCUGUUUUUAGUUUCGCCCUGUCGCUUCAUUUUUCCGAGACUCAACAAAUCUAAUUGGUGUGGCCUAAUGCAGGAGUUUUUUUCCUUGGUAUGUUUGGUAAAUGGAAAUUCUAAAUAUUUCGUUAACUGUCAAGUGGAUGAAUGUGUGUCAGCAUCCAGGAGAGCAAUUACUAGGAUAACUGAGACACUACCUCAGUACCCACUGCCCACAAAAAAUCUGUUCCUAGCUUGUCUUGAAUACUGCUAUCUUCAUUACAAUACAUUGUGGUAACUAUACACAGUCAUUAGAACAUUUGCUAAUGUCAAUGGUCAAAUGGCAGAUACCAGCAAGCUUAUAUAUUUAUUGUUUGUUUCUUGUUUGUGUAACAGGUUUAUCUUCUUUGGACCAAGAAAUGCACACACUAUUGAGAAGACUGCUUGAAUUGAUAUAGAUAGCGGAGCUUAUUUGUUUUUCUGUUAUCCAAACAACUGGACAAAGUACCACUUGUAGUUUCAUCACUUUCAUGACUCGAGAUUGUGUUUUAUGUUGGUCAUGGGUAAUAAUGUUCACACUACCAGGCUUUGAUCUUGUGAAGGAAUUUCAAAGAUGUAAGUACUAGAUAAUUAGUGCAUGUGUAAUAGUUACUGUACCAACAGUAAUAAAUGUUCGGUACGUAGUUAGUGUUGCAUGAAGAGUUUAGGGUGACAACUAUAUACUUGCCGAUGCUUACACUGAUCAAGCAAAUCAGUUUGCUGUCAAAUGAUCAUAAUUAUUCUGGUGUACAAAUUUCAACUCAGUAGUAAUGUCAUUGGAUUGAUUUCUAUGUAGGAAACAAGUUAAAAGGUAAAAUUUUUGUUCCAACUCAAAAGGGAAAUUUUGUCACCUAGUGGUUUUGACCAGUUACUCUGGUCU